UUCUCUGAAGUGGCUGCAUCAGCCAUCAGGUGGAGCGGGCUCACUCCCUUACUUCUUCCUUUGUCUCCAUCAUGUCUGGGAAGCCGGCUCUGUGGCCCGCUGGAGGCCCCUGGACAGCAGCUGUGAUGGUGUGGCUGGUGGCGCUGAGUGUCCCAGUGGCUAAGGGGGGAGACUCUUUGGUUAUUUUUGAAGAAAAAAUUUUCUCCAAAGAAGAGACAGUAGGACUUAUAUCCAAGACCUUGUCUGGAUUAAAGACUAAGGGGCUCUGGUUUGGGGAAAGGUUCAGCUGGGCUGCAGGUCUGUCCCUGAGGAAGGUCCCAGGUCCUGGCCAGCAGCCAAGGCCUGAUGGGCGGCUCCACACAGGGGACUUCGUGUACCAGAUUAAGUUUCUGUGCUACUUCACCAACGGGACACAGCGCGUGCGGCUCAUGGAGAGCUACAUCUAUAACCUGGAGGAGUACGUGCGGUUAGAUAGCGACGUGGGGGAGUUCCGCGCGCUGACCGCGCUUGGGCCGCCUGACGCCAAGUACUGGAAUGGCCAGAAGGACAUCCUGGAGGAGCAUCGGGCCUAUGUGGACACCGUGUGCAGACACAACUACCAGAUUGAGGCCCGCACGACUUUCCAGAGGCGAGUGGAGCCCACAGUGACCAUCUCCCCAUGUGAAGGUGUCUACACCCCCAUGUGCAGCACCCCAGUCUCCAACCCCAUCACCGUGGAGUGGCAUAAGGGGCAGUUUGUUUCUGUGGACCCAGGAGAUGAAUGGCAGAGUUUUGGUGCAUUGCUGGAAGUGCUGACUUACACCCCUCUCACCCCUUGUCUCCUGUAG